UUAGUGGUGAAAUGUCUCACUUUCAGUUCCACUCAGUGCUGCUACUAGCCAGGGAUCAGACAGUUUAUACAUCCGGACAGGAAGAGACCAGCCAUAUAGCACUUCACUACAGUUUAAGGCUAGAUUGAAAAUGAUGUUCCUUUGGUGUCUUUUGGUUCUUGUAAACCUGGUCUCAGUGUCUACAAGCAACAAUGCAGGCGUUGAAGUCAGACUAACUCAGAAGGCACUUGAGUAUGGUCGACAGAUUGGAAUUACCUCAAUCCAGCAAAAACUCAGAAGUAUGAAAGUGCCAGAUAUUAGUGGCACAGAAAAAGUGGAUCCUAUUGGAAAGGUCCAAUAUAGUUUUACAGGGAUGCAGAUUGUAAACCUGGGACUUCCCAAAUCAGCACUGGGCUUAGUUCCUGACACUGGAGUCAUGCUUUCAAUUGGCCAAGCCUACAUCAAUCUGCAUGGAAAUUGGAGAGUCAAAUACCUCAGGAUCAUAAAAGACAGUGGUUCAUUUGAUCUGGCUGUGGGUGAACUGGCAAUUAGCACCACUAUUGCUGUCAUGAGUGAUGACACUGGCCGCCCAACAGUCAGCAUGGCCAGCUGUGCAGCAACUGUGGGGAGCGUCAAUGUCAAAUUUCAUGGUGGGGCCAGCUGGUUGUAUAACCUCUUCAGUUCCUUCAUUAAUAAGGCUUUACACAGUGCUCUGCAAAAACAGAUCUGCCCUUUGGUGGCUGACUCCAUUGCUGAAAUGAACCCCCACCUGAAAACAUUAAAUGUUUUAGCCAAAGUUGACCAAUAUGCUGAAAUUGACUACUCCAUGGUGGGGUCUCCUGUCAUUUCUAAUACUUCAAUUGACUUGGGUUUAAAGGGUGAAUUCUACAACAUUGGACAACACAAGGAACCCCCUUUCUCCCCAACACCUUUCUCAUUGCCUUAUCAGGACACUAAUAUGCUGUACAUUGGAGUAUCUGCCUUCUCCCUCAACUCAGCAGGCUUUGUGUACCACAAUGCUGGCGUCCUCCGCCUCUACAUCACUGAUGACAUGAUUCCCUCUGGUUCUCCAAUUCGUCUUAACACAAGGACAUUUGGAGCAUUCAUUCCUCAAAUUGCAAAAAUGUAUCCUGGUCUGAUGAUGAAGCUAUUGGUUGAGACAGUGAAGGAGCCGAUCAUUAUAUUUGAACUGAACAACAUGACUAUCCAGGCUAGCAGUACAGUGACAGCUUACGCUAUUCAGCCCAACAGCACACUGUCUUCACUCUUUGUCCUCAAUCUGGAGGGCAGUGUCAGUGCCGACAUAUAUGUGACAGAGCUCAAACUGGCAGGAAAUUUAACCCUGAACAAAAUGUAUAUGAGCUUAGCAAAAAGCUAUGUGGGACCAUUCCAGGUGACAUCUCUUGAAAAUAUUUUCUCAAUGGUCUUGAAAGUUGCUGUGAUUCCCAAGAUUAAUGCUCGUUUACAGGAAGGUUAUCCACUUCCUGCCAUUGGAAAGAUGCAGCUUGUAAACAGUCAACUCCAGGUUUUGAAGAACUACUUGUUGAUUGGAACAGAUGUUCAAUUCACGGGAUAAAUUUCAUGUGAAUUGAUGAUGAAUUAAAAAAAAAAAAAAAAAAAAAAAAAAGAUUUACUACUGAAGACAAUGUUUUUAAGGGUAAUUUUUUAAUAAUAAAUCGUUUACAUCUUUUAAAUUUCGAUUUGGAAUUUUAAUUCGUUUUUUAUAAAUAAACAUGGGGACACAAACUCUAUGUGAAUACUGUAUGAAAAUUGGGUGGGGGUUGGUCUCCAAUAUGGUGCCCUGAGUAUGUGUGUUUGUUGAGCUCUGCAAUCUCAAGCAUGCACAUAGGCAGUGGAAUGUUCAAAUAUAACUGCAAGAAGUUUACAGAUCAUUUGAUUAAUAUUAACCAGAUGUAGGAUUUGAGGACGAACAAACACAAAUGAAUCUUCCAGAUGUAACUCCAUGAAUCUUCAAACGUAACUCCAUACAAAACUCAUCUCAACACUCCAGAUCCCAAAUGAACACGCAGAGCCCAAAAUCAGAGAAUAUAUCAUUUGCGGCUCCAUUCAGUCUACAAAAUCCCCAGCUUAGUGCUUUAUUGCCUUGCAAGCUUCAAAGAAAGAGCCUAGCUAAGGAAGAAUGUUAUAAACAUUGAGCAGUAAACUCAAGACUGAAAAAAGAAAAAAGAAAAGAAAAAUAUGUGUCGCACCUAUUCAUAUAUGUACAGGAGCUGGAUGUUUGGAAUGGGACAUGGUGAGGGGGUAGAGACCAGGGAGAAGAGAGCGGGUGUUCUGAUUCUGUUGAGGUCACACAUUAAAUCGGUUCAUCAUAAUGUUAUCACACGACUCCUCUGUUUUGUGCACAUCUACAGCUUAGCUCUAGGAAGAGUCCUGGUUGUUCCAUACUUCUUCCAUUUAAGAAUUAUGGAGGUCACUGUGCAGGGAACCUUCAAUCCAGCAGAUAUUUUUGUAGCCUUCCUCAGAUUUGUGCCACAAACCAAUCCUGUUUCUGAACUUUACAGGCAGUUCCUUUGGCUAGGUUUUUGCUCUGAUAUGCAUUUUCAGCUUUUAGACCUUAUAUAGACAGGUGUGUAUCUUUCCAAAUCAUGUAAAAUCACUUGAAUUUGCCAUAGAUUUACUCCAAUCAAUGCUUAGAAACAUCUAAAAGAUGAUCCAAUGAAAUUAUAUGCAUCAAUUUCAAAUGUCAUAGCAAAGGGUCUGAAUAAAAUGUCAAUGUGAUAUUUCAGUUUUCUUUUUAAUAAAUUUAUUGCCUUAAA